AUGCCUUUUCAGACAACUUUCUAUCAACGAACCUUUCAUCGUGAUUUAUUCUUAUCACCAAUUAGUUAUCAAUCAAUAAAUGUUCUAAUGCGACGAAAUUGUAGUGAUCGUAUAUGCAUUCUUUUGAGUGUUUUACUAUUGUUCUAUUGUGGAUGGUAUAUUUUUACUUCAUCAAAUCGUAUUUUUGGAUAUCAAUAUGAUCCAGCUGAAGAAUUAGCUUAUAAAAAUGCUAUUCAUGCAUCAUCACCUAUAAUAGACAAUGAACAUAUAUGUUUAUCAGACGAAAUCGAUCUUAUAUAUCUAAUUAUUUCUUCAAGUUCACAUUUUCUUGAACGACAAACAAUACGUGAAACAUGGGGAUCAAUGUCUAAUAUUUUUGGUGUACAUUCACAACGUAUUUUUAUUAUUGGUUAUCGAUUGGGUGGUAAUUUUUAUAAAGAUUUAUCAAAUGAAGCUACACAUGAACAAGAUUUACUUUAUUUAACUAUUGAUGAUAAUUCAGUUACACUUAAAGAAUUACAUGCUUAUCGUUGGUUAGAACAAUAUUGUUCUAAUGUAAAAUAUAUAUUUAAAACAGAAGAUGAUCUUUUUAUAAAUUCUCUUCUUAUACAUGAACUUAUACGAGAACUUAAAACUGAUUCAAAUAAUAUUGAAAAUCGAUAUUUAUAUAAUAUAUCAUUAAAUUCACUUUUUCUUGCUCAAACAUCUUCUGAUGCAAAUAAAUUUCUUUUUGGUUGGGCAUUUCAACCAGGUCGACCAGAACGAAAUCUUACUGUUUCACAAUAUUAUGUUUCAUAUAAAGAAUAUCCAAAAGAAUUAUAUCCACGUUAUUGUUCUGGUUUUGGUUAUCUAAUGAAUUCUAAAACAAGAGAUGUACUUACAAUAGAAGGUUUUAAAAUUAAAGAUCCAUUUCGUCUUCCUGAUAUAUUUAUAACUGGCAUAUUACCUGAAAAUCUUAAUUUUCAAUGUGAAAUACUUCCAUUUACUUUUCAUCAAGGUACAAUUGAUGAAUGUAUAAGAUUAAUUCGAAAGAGUACUACAAUAAAUCCAUUACCACCUAAUCCACCAGUUAUUAUAUGUUCAACUGGUCGUCAUAUAGGACAAAAUUCAUUUUCUGAUUAUCAUAGAAUGUGGACAACUCUUAAACAUAUCUAUGCUGAUAAAUUACAUACAGUAAAUAAUUAA